GUUUCCGCUGUGAUGUGAGUAGAGUCUCUGUGGAACCUGACAAUGUGGGAGUGCUGUGCUGCAGAGAUGUGUGCAUGAUGAAUAUGGAUCUGACUGAGGAGUGAGAGGCUACGAACGGACUGGAGUGGAACUCUGGGGCCAAUAUGCUGAGCUUUAGAGAUGCCGAAAUGAAACGUGCCAUCCAUUGCUGGAUAAUGUAAUACUGUUGGAUUAUUAUCAUAUGGAUCCAGCAUGGAUACUAUUUGAGGAGGCUAAGAUGUGUGUUUUUCAGAUGAAGCUUGGAACUCACAAAAAUCACCGUAAGGACAAUAAAUACCAUCUUAAAACUUGAGCCAGUAUGAAAAGCUGCUCCUAUUUUGGCUCAUAAACCCUCACAUAUUCAAAAGAGAGCUUUCACAUCUCCCAAAACAGUAGGACCAUUAUUACUUUUUGCCACACCUCCUUACAUGGGGACAGACUGACUUUUAAAGUCGUUUAUUGAUUCACAUCACCUCACAGAAGCGGAAUGAUGGCAGCAGCAGGUUCAGGAGCCUCCCAGAGCUCAACAUUGAGUUCCCAGACCCCUACCAGUGGAGACCGGCAGCUGGUGGACAAGGCCCUCAAAAGACUGGUCAAGCUCCACGAGCUGUGCACUAAUCCCCGGCUGAGCCUGAGGAACAGUCCACCAUACCUCCCAGAGCUGGUAUCGGAGACGACGACACUGCUCACACUGGUUUGGGAGCCCUACCGAGGCGCCGGGGCCGCAGGCAGCCAGGUUCCCCGGGGAGAUGAGGCCAAGUACCUGAAGCUCCAUGUCAGAAACCUGCUGGAUAAGACAGAGAGAGCUUUGCUGCUGUUUAAAGAGGGACGGGAGAAGAUAUUUGAGGAAACAUCCAGCUACAGGAGGAAUUUGACCAAACUGUCCUUGCUGUUUAGUCACAUGCUCUGGGAGCUGAUGGCCAUGUUCCCAGGGGGCAGUUUUCAUGGUGACACCUACAGGGUGACUAAGACAGAGGCUGAGGAGUUUUGGACGGAUUCAUUUGGAAAGAAGUGUAUAGUGCAGUGGAAUAAAUUCAAAGAGCAGCUGCGGAUUGUACACCCAUUUGAGGAAGGUAUGGAGUCCAUGGCCCUGAAGUCAACAAUAGAUCUCACCUGCAAUGACCACAUCUCUGUGUUUGAGUUUGACAUCUUCACUAGACUGUUUCAGCCGUGGAGGUCACUCAUUAGGAACUGGAACCAGCUAGCAGUGACUCAUCCAGGCUACAUGGCCUUCCUCACCUAUGACCAGGUUAUAGCUCGUCUGGAACACUACCUGCACAGACCUGGGAGCUAUAUCUUUCGCCUGAGCUGCACAAGAAUGGGCCAGUGGGCUAUUGGCCAUGUGACCAGUGAAGGGGGCGUCGUCCAGACCAUCCCCGAGAAUACACCUCUCUACAAGGCACUCAUUCAGGGCUUCAAGGAAGGCUGCUACCUCUACCCAGAUGGCCGUGAUGUGAACCCGGACCUGACAAGCUUGUGUGAACCGGCCCAGAGGGGCAAAGUCAAAGUUACAGAAGAGCAGUAUGAGCUUUACUGUGACAUAGGCAGCACCUUCCAGCUGUGUAAGAUCUGUGCAGAGAGGGAUAAGGACACUCGUAUCCAGCCCUGUGGGCAUCUCCUGUGCCAACCCUGCCUUACAGGCUGGCAGCAGAAGUCUGCUGGCCAUACCUGCCCAUACUGUCGCUGCGACAUUAGAGGAACAGUGUCCAUCCUCGUUGAGCCUUACCGGCCAGGCAGCAGUCAGUUGGAGGAAGAGGCUGAGGAUGACCAAGAGGAGGAGGACCAUGAGGACAUCGAGCUUAUGGUAAAGGAAAUGGCUGCCCUGAGGAAGUUCUCCAGUUUGGACUCCCAGGUUCCCAUGUCCCACUUCAGCAGUCCACCUCUGCCCCCUAAAAACAGCCCAAGCCCAUCCUGUCCUUCUCCCUCCAGCCAAUCCCAGACAUCAGAUUCCAAGACUCUGGACAAACACUCCCACUCCCAUUCACAGGCUCACAGUGGCAAUGAAGCACGUAGAAGACACAAAAAAACGACAAACAUGAAUAGUAAAUUAAUCACAGAGGCAACGUUUUCGUCUUCUUCUCAGAAGAGUGUUGACAGUAGAGCAGCGUGGCUCGAACCCUCCAGUCCAGUAAAACAGAGGCGAAGACAUAAAGAGGACAAAUGUGACCCGGGAGAAGUGACAAGAAGAAUGUCGUCCUGAUAGAAAAGCAACCUCCACAAAAUAAAGACUCUUUUACUAAAUUGAAAAAUACUUGGUGACUAGCAUAUCUCCAAUCGAGUAAUCAGCCCUCAUUCAAUGUAAGAACAGUUUCUGUUUUCAUGUUUAACUCUAAAAGGCCGUGUGUCAACCCUUACUGCUGAAAUUGUGAUGAGUGGGUGGGACUGAAAGGAAAUUUGCUAACAGAGGCCUCCUACUGUUCAAUAAUCACACUGCCAUUGUCUCCACAGUAGGUUCAGUACUGAUUCUUUAUAAUUAAAGUGUUUUCUGAGCCUCCAUUAAAUAAUAGAAAUUAAUGAAAGGCUCGAUAUUUGAAAAUGGUAAAGAAUCACAUAUCAAGAGUGAAUAUAUGAAACCAUAGAAAUAUGCUACCUCAUCAUUUAACCCAUACCUUAUGUUUGUUCCUAUGAUUAAGUUAUGUGAGUGAAUAAAUGACCCUAUGUAACUAUAGAAAACAGUCUUAAAUGGUAUU